UCUGUUAACUAUUCUCCGCCAAUGCUGACUCCUUGUUUCUUAAGAUCAAGAUUCCUAAAUACAUUUUCUAAAAUAAAAUAUUUUGUAAAUAUGUCUUUUAAGUUUUUCCGAAUCAAAAGCCUUUUCGCAGUCUAUGUAUCCUACACAAAGCUUCAACUUGAAUAAAUUAAUUUUAUAGAAAUGUAAAAACAUUUUUUAACCAAGUCUGGUCUGUUUUUAAGGAUGUUAAAUACCGUACUCAAUAUAUUUUGCACCUUGGUAUAGGAGAUAGCCAUACAUCAAUUAAAUAAUAUGUAGUAACCAUGUAAGGUGAUUUAAUUGUUUUGUUUGUCGUUAGAUAAAAAAUAAUGUUUAGAUUAAAUCUGGACUUCGGCCUACCUAAUGUCCCACCUGAAGAUGUACACUACCACUCCACAAAAGAUCUGCAAAUAUAAGACCGGUAGAAACUGUGAUAGUAAAUGUUAGAUUUGUGCCACUAUCAAGGCAGAGUUAAAAUCCGAGAUGUUAGUCUCUGCCAAUUGGCUUGGUUUGUUGCAGUUGGUUUGAUCUAUAUCUGUAAAUUCCACGGACGUCUGAUUUUUUUUCCCCGAUGAAUUGUGCUUUUUCUCCCCGACAGGGUCCCUGGCAUUUUGAUAUUUUCUUUUAUAUUUUUAACAGAUAGUUCCCGCCCACUAAACGCAUCACCACGCGAUAUUUGCGUACCAUUCAAUAUGCGUGUUCUACGACGCGCGCAAGAGUUGUCGUCAUGGUGAAUGGGAAUACUGUCUGUACAGUACUGCAGCAGUCACUAGCUGUGUGUGUAAUCUGCGACCUGGUCAUCACCUAGGCCUACCUACAAGUGAGUACUACUGUACAAAGAUACAUAAUUAAUUGAUCGUAAUUAAGUUUAAAAACUCAUGACGCAGGGAGUAAAGAGAGUUUCUUUGACAUCGUGGACUUGCGUCGCAUUAUCCUGUUUCAUCGGGGUGAUAGCUUGCAGUAGUUUAGCACGGCAAAUAUUCAGUCAUAGUGACGACGACGUCGUUGAGGCUGCGUUUAACAUUUUGCAAACUUUACCAAGUGACUACAGUGAAUGCGGAUCAAACUUCACAUUGUAUCAAAUAACCGAUGGAUCUUCAUUCGUCAAAAUCACGAUUAACAACAACUGCGACCAGACGAAGUUCAAGAGUUGUGAGGUCUUAUACGGGAAUGAAGCCAAGAACUGGGCACAAGUCCUACAAAGGUAUAUCAUCGACGGCGGAGAUGCGAUAAACGAUACAGUUUCUUUUCCAGCCAACGGACGCGACUUCGAUGUCUUAUUGCAAGCCUGUCAGCAGAUCAUGCAGUUAGACGGUGUGAUAACGAAACUAGAUACCGACGUGAAGUUAAGCAGAAGGACCCGACAAUGUACAUACGAGCCGACAUGCGAUACCCAAACAAGGAAUCGUGAAGGUUUCACGUCAAAUGACAGGGUGUCUUCGCCACCAGUUUCAAGUGCAGAUGAAGCAGUACAUUCGAAUAAAAUAACGUACGAUCUGAUGUUAAAUGGUAUUUAUCCAGGAACAUUGUGGUGUGGUGUUGGAAACAUUGCCGAUGAUGUCUACACUCGAUUUGGUUUACAUCGCAAAGCUGACGAGUGUUGUCGAAAUCAUGAUCUUUGCAAGCCAACGAUUCGCAAAUUUCAGGGUCGUUAUCAACUUUUUAAUCCUACUCUACUGCGCAUGAGUCACUGCUCAUGUGAUCGAGAGUUUUACAACUGCUUGAAGCGGGCCAAAACCGAAGCAGCAACCGACAUUGGAGAUCUUUUCUUCAACAAACUGCGUUUGCAAUGCUUUGAGUUCGAUUUCAUGGAUACGUGCACGUGGUACUUAUUUGGAAUUUGCUUGCGUAGCGAGUUCACGUGUGCUGCUAAAGUUGGUAGGAUCACAGAUUUUUAAACAAAUUACCAUGGUGAUUGGUUAUCAAUUUUACUCGUUUGUAAACUUCGAACAAGAAUAAAUAAGUCAGUCUCGUAUGUCAUGUCUUACGUUUAUUCUGAAUAAUUUUUAUUUAAAAAUCGAGGUAAGAUAGUAAAACUUGAAAAUAAAAGAGAAAAUAAGCAUUUGCAUAAGCAUCAUUAUAAUGUUGUACUUCAAACUACAAUAUAAAAUAUACUUAUAAAUAUUGUUCACUUUUAUUAUGAUUAAUAAUCAUUAUGUACAAUAUAUAUGCAAUACAUAAUUGUGACGUUUAUAAUUUUAAAAUACAUAUUACAUUUUGUCAUUGAGAUAGUACUGUACUCCAAAGUUACAUUCAAAAUGUAAGAGCAUAAGUCGUUUUUCUAUUGAAAUAAAAAGACGAAAAAUCUGUUGUAUUAACAAGAGCUAGCAUAAGUCGUUUUUCUAUUGAAAUAAAAAGAGGAAAAAUCUGUUGUAUUAACAAGAGCUAGCAUAUAUUUUUCAGAAAUUGAAUGGAACCUGGGAUUGGAAAGUAAACAUACUGUCUAUUGAAAUAAAAAGGGGAAAGUUUGAUAUACAAAAUAAGAGCAUAGGCUAGUGAAAAGUUUGUUAAACUAACAAGAGCAUUAGUCGUUCAUUUUAGAGGUUGAAAGACAUUGGGAUUGGAAAGCAAACACUUUAAAAACUACUACUACUACUACUACUGUACUACUUGUUUACUCCCAACUUUAAAUACAUACCCACACUAAAAGAUCUAAACUCUAUAAAAGCAAAUGAAGGAAUUGAUUUUUCUGUAGGCCUAGCCUUUACGCCUAGCGUUUUAGAAAUUACGUUUUAAGAACGUUAUAAUAACGUUACAGUUUGGUGUAAGCACGUAUUUUGUAGAACCAAAAGUACAUACUUAUAACAAAAUUUCAUAACGUAUGAACGUUAUUUUGUGACAUACAUAACGGUCGCGAACGCUAUAAGAAUGUUUUGUGUUGCUGGGGAAUGGGGUCCCUUUUCUUACAAAGUCUAAACUGAGUUCAUUAUUUGUGACCCUCUAGUCCCGUGGAAUGUUGUUGUUUGAACUUCAUGAGUACAUUUAAUUCAGCGUUAAGGCUGCAAAUUUUAUGAAGUUUUCAACAAUAAAGUUCUUAAGUUCUUGGUAAAUUUAGGUAAUUUCACAUGGAAUUUGAAUUACAUAACUUCACCAGGAUUUGUUCGUCAUUACUCAUCUUUUUCUUUUUUAUUACACCAUAUUUAUAGAGGGUCACCCAGCUUCCAGCGUAUCCUAGAAGGUCGGCCCUCUUAAAUAAAUGAAAUAAUGAAAUAAUAUGAUGCUUUUUAUUAGCGAAGUCUCUUUAUUAGGCUUAGUUUAGAAAGUGGAGUUGAUUUUUAGUUGCAAGUCCUGGGAUUAGAAGGCAAGCAUCUUAACCACUAAGGCGAGACUUUUUUUAUUCCUUGUUUCGCGUACUUAUUUUUUUAAAGAUUAUCGGAGGAGGGCGGAAUAAAAAUAAAAAUAAAAUUUUGUUU